ACUGUUUGUUUGUAUGAUAUAAAUGUUGUUCAUGAGGCUCUCACUAAAGUGAUAAUUUCCAGAUGUAGGUCGAUCGAAUUGCUAUGCAUAAUAAUAUUAAAAUAAUCUGAUUGUUGAUUCUUUUGAACGCUCAGAAAUUUUUAUGUUUUUUGAAAUUACAUUAAUAGUCUCGAAAUAAAUGUAACAUUCCGGUUCAAUUGUACAUGUGUAACACCACCUUCGCUAUUGAAGAAAUCUUUGUUUUUAUAGCUUACGAACGGUAUGAGCGUUUUUAACUGUUGUUAUAUGCUUUCAAUUUCCGAGGAUGUUAAAUGUUUAUGACAAAAAUACUAGUUACCGCACAUCUUUUCGAGCUGCCGACUUUUAUUCCCUUUUAUCAGCUUAUGAUGAAACGGUCAGUAGAAACCUUGGGAUAUCUCAUAGUAGUCAAGAUGAUGUGAAGAAAUCAUUCGCCUUUCAAGGAAAAGUAAGAUAUCCUAGAAAGAACAAGGAUGAAGGAUCCUUUUCAAAGGAGAUCAGUAGCUCUGACCAUCAUAAACCCAAAACACUUCAACAUUUAUUGGUAAACAAUGGUGUUAAAGAAUAUUCGAAACCUAAUCCUAUAAUUUUCAAUGAUCUUUGUCAACAAAGCCUGACAGGAUUUAGUUGUUCACUUCCGCAGGCAUUGGAAAAAAUUAAUUCCGACAUACACAAUCCAAAAUUUUGGGCUGAUUUCCAGACAAACAACAGUUUGAGUAUGAACAAAGACUCGCCAAAAGUUUCAAACAAAUAUCAAGUAAAAAUGUUAGACCAUUUAGAAGGUACAAGGGGGUUUAAUAUGGUAGUCAGACAAGUUGAUGCAACAGCUGAAACGAUGACUAUUGGACUGCCUAACUGUCGAGCUUUACCAACCGUACAGAAAACACCUAGGAUAAUACGUACAAGGAUAUUUUUUAAUCAAAUAAAAACUGGGCUGAAAGAACAUAUUGAAUGGCACACAACCCAAUUACAACAAGCUGAAUUAGACCAAGAUGUAAUGUCAGCUAAUAAGGCAUUAGAAAAUAUCAAUCAAUUACAGCAUAGGUUGAAUACAAUUCGUUGUCUUGAACAUGAGUAUAUGAAACAUUGGAAGUUAUAUAAAGAAAUCCGAGCACGUUCUCAAGGUGAACUGUAUUGUGAUCACGUUAACAGUGGUAGUAGUGGAAGUGGUAAAAGUGGUGAAGAAAUUAUUCAGUUAAGUCAGUGUUCAACAAAUAUGAACAAUUCAUCACUUUUAUCUAAAAAUAAACUAAGCAAAUCAACAUUAGCUUUAACUGGAUUUAACGGAUCAGAUCAUAUUCAACCAUCAACUACCAUUGUCAAUACAACUAAUCCCUAUCAAAAUCAUUCUCACAAUAAUAAUAAUAAUAGCAUUUAUGAUACAACAAAUUAUUUACCAACCAUAAUAGAAAAACGUCCAAAAUAUUCCUCCUUGUUGAAUUUAAUACGACAUAAAUCAAAGAAAACAACAAAUAAUUAUUUAUUACAAAAUGAAAAUCGUCCACGUGCUGCUACAACAGCAUCACCGGUAACAACAACUGCGGUAGAUCAUAAACAUUCAUUCUUACAAUUGAAUAGACAAAGUAAUUUAGAUCUAACAGCAACUCAUAUACCGUUGAAAAAAUCUGCCACCCUUUUAGUUCAUAACAAUAAUAGCCAUUGCAAUAAGGGAUUGAGUAAAUCCAGGAGUAGUGCACGUGAUUUAAUAACUAAUGAUGUUAGUUUAAAACAGCAACAGGAAGUUUUAUUGAAACGUUUAUGUCAAAUAGAAGCUCAAACAGAGUAUUUAUCUGGUACACUGAUAUGUGAAGUGAUUGGAGUCAGUGGCUCAGUCUCCUCGUUAUCAAAAGAUGUUUUCAGGAUAUCACUUAAAUAUAAUACACCGGCAUUUUCUUCAAUAUAUGAAUUACAAAGUGAUAAGGAAUUACCAGAUGUUAAACCUCUGUAUACAUCAACUGUUCCUUUAAACCAGAAAGGUGGUUCAAAUGAUAAAUGGACAAUUACUGGUCGUCUUUUUUCUUCAUCAUUUUCUACCUCCUCUUCUGCACCGAUUUCUAAUUCAUCGAAAUCAUUAGCUCACUUACAAGCAACUUACUUAAAUGAUGUGAAUUUAAAAUUUCCUGAACAAAGAUGGGAUCAAACUAAGCAUAUCUUUAGUCCAACAAUUGGUGAUGUAUUAACAAUAAAAGUAGUUGUCAUGCGACGGUUCGGAAAACCAGAAACUCUUAUACAACAGGCAUGUGAUAUUUUAAAACUAAUCACUUUUAAAGGUCAUCAUAUAUCAGUCGGACUAAAAAAUUUCACUGAUCUCCAAUUUCAUUUUGUUCUCAAAUGGUGCCCUUUAGCUGAUACUAAAGAUGAUCGGAUGUUGUUUUACAAUUUAUCAACUAUUCAAUUAAAUAAUUUCCUAGAUGAACAAAGACAAAAAGCUUCAAGUAUUAAAAUAUUAAAUGAAGAGGAGAUAAAUGAUUAUUCAUCUCCCAAAAUGGAUUAUUCUAAUAUUAAACGAUAUCAUACAGAUUUAAUAUCAUCUGAUUUCGAUAAUCGAUAUAAUGAACCACAACAACUUCGUCAUAAUCAUCAACAAUUAACUAAUUUAAUUAAAACUGAAACAUCUUCCAGUGAGUUUAUUAUUCCACAAGAUAACUCAGAUUCUAGUGAUUUAGAAAAUAAAGGAAGUGUAACAAUCUUAACAGUCCGAUCUAAUAAAAGGACUCCCAGUCAAUAUGGUGAACAGAAUAAAUGCCACUCAAAACUUCCGAAGUGGAUUUCUUUGCCAGAUCUUGAAACCCAUGAGCUGAGUGAACCAGAAUUGAUGUCACCAGAAAUCAAAAUAAUUACUGUACGUACUCAUCGGAAUCACGAAAGCAAAGGUUAUCAAAAUAACUAUGUUGAUAUUGCAGACACCAACUCUAUUAAUGCUACAAGUAAUCAUAAUAAUUAUUAUGAUAACACGGAUAAUCGUACUAACAUUUCCGAAUCAAGUACACCAGAAAAAGAACUAGUGCAAGAAAGACAAAUAGAACAGCAAGUACCUAUCAACGACAGAACAUCUGUAAAAAUCAAUACAUUACAAACAGCAGAAUCGAGAUUGCUGACAUCAAAACCUACAAAUAAUCAAUUAUUUGAACAUAUAAGUAAAUUAAAAGAUAAAAUUGAUAUCAAAACUAGAAUACAUGAUGAUCCUGAAGGAUUACUCAAAAAUUUGGAUAAAACUAUUACAAACCUUAUUGCACAAUUAGAGAAUAAUUCAUAUUGGUUUAAUCAACUUUACGUUUCAAAUAAAUCUCAAAAUCCAAAAUCUAUCAUUUCUUCACCACUAAAAACAAUAGAGAAAAAUAUUGACGAAAAAAGCACUCUAAAAUCUUUAUGGGAAUCAUUAGCGUUUUUAGAUGAACCAGAGAAAUCGUUUGAUGGGUAUAUUGAAGACGGAUCAACUUCAUCUAUAUCAGGUUCUUCCCAUUCAAUUAGAGUUGUUGAAAAGACAGACAUUUAUACAUGUGAUAUUGAUCAGGUUAUCAAAACUACAGGUUGGAGGCAAUUAGAUUUAGCAUUGAUAUGGCAUUUGAACUAUACCAUACGUUUACUUGACCAAGUGUAUCCAGAUCACUUGUAUGUAAGCAGUUCUCAAAUAUUAUUAUCACCUCAGUCGUCUGUUUCUGAUGUUUCUGACAAAACAAUAAACAACUAUACACCCAAUGGAUCAUUGAGUUCAGUGCGUAACUCAGUCCAUUCAGCUUGGUCUACUUUGCCUUUAUUGGAACAGAUAGAAUUCUUUGAUGAGGUUGAGAGCCUUUGUCAAGGAAUUAUUGACGAUUUACAAACAGUUGAAUCCAAAUAUUUAUUGAAAGUUUGUGGUGAUGGAAAACCAUACUCUACUUUAAGGUUUACAUGUUUUCUUUCGAAGUUAAUUUGGCCUGUACAAAAUAAUAUUAAUGUAACUAUAUCAGAGGAUAUAUCUUCACCACAAAUCAUUUUUGAUCGCGAUGCAUUUCGUGAAACGUUACUAAGAUUUUAUGAAAAAGAUGUGGUUCCUCGAUGGUCGAAAGAUAUGGCUAACGGAGUAAUCGACCAUUUUAUUGAAGACGUGCUGGAUCUUCAAGUGAAUGGUUCUGAAUUAUCUACUAUUCCCCUUACCCAUUUAAAUUUACGUCUAAAACUUUCUGAAAGAAUGGAAUCUACUGUUUUAUCAAAUCGUUUAUCAGAUCAGCAUAAUCGAGAUCAAUUAAAACAGUUUAAUGUUUAUUUUAUACAACUACUUUCUUAUUUAGCUGGACAAUUAUAUAUUCAGUGGAAUUUAGAAAACGCUUAUUCCUCCCGUACCUUGUCAACCCUACCUUAUUUCACGAGAGCAUUGCAACCAAUAUUUGGAUUAAAUGUACUAUUAAGUGAUGUAGGAGUAGAUCCAAAUUAUCUAGAACAAAUAGAAUAUGGUUUAGAUAUGAGAAGCACUGAAUUGGCUGCUUGUCAUUCCACUCAAACGUGGUUACGAGUUGCUGAACUAGUAGGAAAUCAUGAUGAAGAGAUUAAUAAGAAAGCGAUUAUGCUAUUAAAAUCAAUGAAUGAAAAGAUAUAUAGAGUUUUUCAACACUUAACAAAUUCCAAACAAAAGUUGCACUUAUCAAAUGAUGUACAAAUGCUUCAUGGAACAAAUAAUCAUAUUAAUAAUUAUCAUCAAUUAAUCGAAAAGAAUAGUAGAAAUACAGUUCCACGUCCUAUUUUUUAUUUAAUGGGACCACCUAUUCAUAUUCAAUACUGUUUGAAUAAAAACUGCAUUAAACAAAAUUUAAGUUCAUUAUCACCAAUAUGGAUUAGCAUGAUAUGCGGUUUAGAACAAAAAUCUAGUAUUAAACGAAUAGCUGCAUUAAAAGCAUUAACUGUACUCAUAGAAUCACAGAUAAGUGAAACAAUAAAAACCACACAAAAUAAUAAUGCAAAUAAUAAAAAUUGUAGACUAUAUGGAAAUACCACUGAUGGAAUUACAAGUUCAACAAUAUUACAACUUUUGAAUGAUAUACAUUCAAAUGAUUCAGAUCCAUUGGUGAAGAAUUUAGCUGGACAAAUUAUUGACAGAAUUACUACAAAAUUUAAUACUGAAUCACACAAUGAACAAAUAACUAAACCUACUCGUCUCCUGAAAACAAUGUGGACUAAAUUUAGUACUGCAGAAAAUUUACCCUCCAAACCGUCAUAUAUCUUUCAACGAUAAUAACUGAGAUUCAUAUUAAUCUAUAGCUAUUUUUAGUCACUGUAUUUUCAUACAUAGUUUGUACAGCUAUUUAUUUUGGUGCUGUAAGAUAACGAAAAUUCCUACUAUGAAAUAUUUAUGCCUUUAAAAUUAAGAACAAGGACCAAGGUAGAUAAAUGCUAUGAAAGGAGUUAAACCACAUUGGUAUUAAAUCAUUUAAAAUCUUCUCAACAUGAUUCUGAAGAUGUAGAAAGACGGUCACUUUAUACGACUAGGUAUUCUAAGUUUAAUUGUGAAACGGAAUAUUAAGGUGUACCUUGUAAAUACUACAUAAUAAUAAUGAACAAAAACCUUAUCUAAACAAAGUGAAAACAAUAAGAUUAUAAGAAAAAAAUGGACUCAUUCUAUUUCAGAUUCUUCUUAUCAACUGUAAACGGCUUAAGGUUACAAAAAGUAGUAAAUUUACCAUAAUUUAGUUAAUAAAGUUGAAAUGAAUGUUUGGAAGCAGAGUGAACAUCGUAAUAGCAGGAAGGAGACAAACACUUUAACACUAAACGUUGAUAUGUACUUAUGCAAAAAUAAAUACGAAUUUUAUUUCUAAAUAUAUCAAAGGCACUAAAUAUAUGGAAAAAAAACCUGAUCAUUUUGAGAAAUCAAUUACGUAUUUAUGAUAUCUGGAAGUUCCGACUAGUGAUAUCAUCUACCAUACUGAUGAUCAUUCUUUACGUACUGACAUAUCAUCAUCGAAAUAUUAAAGGAUUGAUAUGUAGUGUCGGUUGAUAUUUUAAGUCCAUAUGUCUUAUUCUAACUUCUGAACAAGUCAAUUCACCUAUCCAUCAUGAGUCAUUUUUUCACCUUGUUAAUUAUUCAC